AUGGCCGAUACAGAUGUCUUGAUUGCCGGUUCCGGCUCUGCCGGCAUCUUUGCAGCCACAUGGCUUGCUAUUUACGGAGUGCCCUUCACGAUGCUAGAGCAGCGCCCAGGGCCGCUCAAGAUUGGUCAAGCCGAUGGCGUGCAAGUGCGGACUGUGGAGAUCUACGAAUCGUUCGGAUUAUCGGAAGAACUCCUACGUGAAGGCUACCACAUAUUGGAAGUGUGCUUUUGGGGGGUUGAUGAAGAUGAUUCAAAUGCAAAAGGCGGUAUCAAGCGGAAGAGCAGAUCCAUGGAUACGGAAAAGGGCUUGAGUCAUCUGCCCCAUGUCAUUCUGAACCAAGCGCGAAUGAACGGCCUGAUGUUAGGGAAGAUGGAAAGUAUACUGAAAGAGCAAGGAAGAUGGAAAGAGGGUGCGAGCAACGGCAUCGAAUACGGGUGGGCUGUCAAAGGCUUGGAGAUUGACGAGAGCAAGGUUGACAAACCAGAUGCGCACUGCGUCAAGGUUACUGCAGAGAAGGAUGGACAUGAGGAAAUAUGGGAGGCAAAAUACGUACUUGGUUGCGAUGGCGCACACUCGACCACCCGCAAAGCCCUGGACAUCGCCAUGUUAGGAGACACGACCGACACCGUCUGGGGUGUUAUGGACAUCUUCCCUCUCACAAACUUUCCGGAUAUCCGCCGCAAAUGCACGAUUCACAGCAAUUUCGGUGCCCUCGUCAUUAUUCCUCGCGAGGGCGGCGAAAUGGUGCGCUUCUACAUUCAGCUUCCAGCUGGCAUCCAACCCAAGACAGUUAAGCUGGCAGACUUGCAAUGCCAAAGCAAGAAGAUAUUUGGGCCGUAUGCAAUGGAAUUCGCAGACGUAUUCUGGUGGAGCGCGUACAGCAUUGGUCAACGUCUCGCAUCCGCUUUCCAUGCCCACAACCGCGUCUUCCUGACCGGCGACGCAUGUCACACUCAUUCCCCAAAGGCUGGACAGGGCAUGAAUGUGUCCCUUCAAGAUGGAUACAACAUAGGCUGGAAGCUUGGAUCCGUUCUUACUGGCCUCUCACCUCCGUCACUAAUCCAAACAUAUGUCCCUGAACGGAUUAAAACGGCAGGUGAUCUUAUCGCUUUCGACAAGGAGUUUACCGAGUUAUUUAACAGAAAGGAAAAUUACGAGGGCGAGUUUGCAGAGUACUUUGUGAAGAGUGGGAGGUAUACGGCGGGGUUCACGGCAAAGUAUAGGGACACGAUGAUUACUCAGGCGGUGGAGCCCCAGGAGAGCGCAGCAAAGGCUGUGACGGUUGGCAUGAGGUUUCCUAACGCGCAGGCUAUACGCUUCUGUGAUUGCAAAGCUGUGCAGCUGCAGAGCGUGAUGAAGAGCGAUGGGCGCUGGAGAAUUGUCGUAUUUGGCGGCGAUCUCAACCAGCCCGAGUAUCGUAACAGAGUACAAAAGCUCUCCAAAUAUCUCGAAGCGAUUGCGCGAAAGCACACACCAGCACCAAAACAUCUUGACAGCGUCAUGAAGCCAAUUCUUGUCAUGAGCAGCAAGUUCCAGGAUACCAAGCAAGAACUGAUACCUGAUUACUUCUGGCCUCCAACUGGGAAAUACAGUAUCCGAGAUUUACACAAGUCAUACGUCGACGACGACCACUACAACUCGGGCCACGGCCACGCAUACAAGAGGUAUGGCGUAGAUGCCGAUAUCGGCGCGGUGGUUAUUGUGAGGCCUGAUCAAUACAUUUCCAAAGUUGCAACCUUGGAUGAUGUUGACGGCAUCGCCAGCUUCUUCGCAGGCUGUAUGAUUGAGCAAUUGCCCAAGCCAGAAACGAUCGCGAGACUAUGA